CUCACCCUCAGGGGAAGGUGACUGGGGAAGAAUCCCUGGGGCCCAGCCCUGGACCCUCUUUGGGGUGGAGAGAAGAGGGAGCCUGUUCUUAAUCCAGCCUCCUGGACACCCUCCUUCUGGCUUCCGGAGGUGCCCUGAGCUGUGUCCCACAGCCCCUCCCCUAAGCCGUCAGCGUCACAUCUGUGUGUGUGCCCUGGUGGGCAGAGGCUGCUGAAGCCCUGGCUUUGCUGAGCCCUGCCCCUCCCCCACGGCGGGCACGCACCCCCUGCACCUUUGAUUAGGAGGCGAGUGGCUGCACUUGUGCUGAGUUCAGGCCUUCUGCGGAGGGUGAGAACUGCCGAGAAGGCACUUUUCAGCUCCCAGCCGCCACGCUCCGCUUUCUUUCCGUGUGAUCUCAGGAAGUCACCGUUGUGCUCAGCAUUCGGGGGCGGAGGGAGGACGACUGGUGGGAAAAGCUGGUGCCAGGGCUUUCCUUUGGGCUGACAGUGGAAGGACCCCGGGGAGUGUCCCUGCACUCCAACUCAGACUUAAGGCUGGGGGAGCUCCGGCAGCUCAGCCAUGAGAGCCUGUCUCCCAGGGUGGGUUUGGGGCCCUCGGACCUUCUGACCUCUAGCUUCUGUCUGCUCCAUCUGGUGCUCUGCGGCGCGGCCUGAGAGCCCUGGGCUGAGGAGGGAGUGCCUGCUCGCUGUGCCCCCGGGUUAUGACGACCCCCAAUAAAGGAAACAAGGCCUUGAAGGUGAAGCGGGAGCCGGGUGAGAAUGGCACCAGCCUGACGGACGAGGAGCUGGUGACCAUGUCGGUGCGGGAGCUGAACCAGCACCUGCGCGGCCUGUCCAAGGAGGAGAUCAUCCAGCUGAAGCAGCGGCGGCGCACGCUCAAGAACCGGGGCUACGCCGCCAGCUGCCGCGUCAAGCGGGUGACGCAGAAGGAGGAGCUGGAGAAGCAGAAGGCGGAGCUGCAGCAGGAGGUGGAGAAGCUGGCCUCGGAGAACGCCAGCAUGAAGCUGGAGCUCGACGCGCUGCGCGCCAAGUACGAGGCCCUGCAGAACUUCGCCAGGACCGUGGCCCGCAGCCCCGUGGCGCCGGCCCGGGGCCCCCUCGCUGCCGGCUUGGGGCCCCUUGUCCCCGGCAAGGUGGCCGCCACUAGCGUCAUUACAAUAGUAAAGUCCAAGACGGACGCCCGGUCGUAGGGACUCGCGCUUGCCCGGGCGGGUCUUCGAGGGGCCAUUAGGCGCAUGGCGAGUUUGGCAGCCCUCUCCCCUUCUUUCUCCUCUCCUGCCUCCUCCCUUCCCUGCAAAGCACAACCCGCACCCCACGGGCGCCGGGCUGAGCCCCUUUGAUCUCGUCGUCGUCAUCGUGUGUUUUGUGUGUUGGGAUUGGUCAGUUCGGCGGUGACGUGGGGUUGCCUCCCAGUCCCCUUUGUACCAAGGCGGUGCAGGCUUGGCGUCCAGAGUUGGCCCUGUGGGAACAGAGAAAGAUCGAAUGAGCGUUCUGCGGCUCAGGUGUUAGAGCAGGGAGGGCCCCAGGGCAAGGGGAGGCUGCUCUCCACUCCUGGGUGGCCCGCGGGCUCCGACGGCUGCUGGCUGGCCGGGGGCUGUGCUUCACUCUUAGUGCAGCCACAGGCACAGAUGGGCUCUGCUCCUAGGAGUAGGGUGUCCCCGAGGGCCCUGGGUGGGCAGGCCACUACCCUGGGCUCUGUAGGCGCUGGGAGGGAUGGGGCGUUCUGCGGCUUUGCACCAGGGGCCAGGGCGCUCGAGCCUGAUGCGUUGCACUGAACAAGACCAAAUCACUGGUUGUGAACGUACGUGAAGGGUGUGUCCAGUGUCCUGCGAUGGGUCCCGUGCCACUGUUGACAUGACCUGUUUGUGUGGUUACAUAGCCCUUUAUUUAAAAGAGAGGAGUUCCUUUUACGAAGUUAUUAAAUUAUAUGUUUAAAAGCUAAAGAAAAAAGAGCUGCAGAGUAUUUAUAAAACUGUCUUUUUAAAAAAAAAAAACAAAAAACAAGCAAGAACAUUUGACCGUAUAUAUGGACAAGGAAGGAAAGUAUAAUAGAAACUUUGCUAGUUUAACAAAAGAAAAAAGCAAACAAAAAAAAUCCCUUUCUUGUAAACUUAUGGACAAGUCUUUGUGGCUGUUGGAGUUUAGUUUUUAUAUACACAGAGUUAUCAGACGUUAUUUAUAAAACUUAGUUUUAAAAAAGAUAAAAAAAAAAAAAAAAAAAAAAAAGCCAAGCCGUGAGCAACCACAAGGCGCGUCCUGGCGUCCUCUUUGCUAUCUCUUUUGCAAUUGUACCGAAAGUGACUUACUCCUUUGCCCUUCCUGCUUCCGUCUCUUGCCGGUGCCGUGGUGUUGUCUGUGCCUGGUGAGGUCUUGUGCCGCGUCACGUGCUGGUGCUUCUGGUGACCUUUGACCUGUGGGUGUCAUUUCUUGUGUCUGUUAAUCCUGUGUUUGUUUUUUGGAUUUGGUUGUGUUCUUGCUUCUGCUGGCUUGCUGGGCCUGGACCUGGACAGGGUUGCUGGGCAGCUCGGGCUCCAGCAGGCCUUGGGGAGCCGCCCAUCAGUCCAGCCCCCUCUGCCUCGGUGCCUGACCCGGAACCCCCGGCGACCAGACAUGGGGCUCUGCUCUCACCCCGCACAGCCUGGGCUUCGCAUGUCUGUGUAAGGCUUGGGCUGACCCAGUGGCAGGGUAGCCACAAGGGGCCGUCCCAGAGUGCCCACCCCCCCACUGCUUCCACGCCUACCGCCGCUGACCAUGGCUGGCGGGUUUGCGGGGGACCACAGAGGCACGAGGUACCCCCAUGUGUCUUCCUUUUGGCCUCCAGUCAGCAUGCGUGGGCUCUGGCCGCUGAUCCCAGCUUUGUCCCUGUAGGCUUCCCGUGGGCCUCGUCGGGAACCCCUGGGCCCACAUGGGAGUUUCCAGUCCUGCUGCCCACCUAGCCCAGCAGUGCUUCCCCACCGUGAAGGAAUGCUUCCCAGGCUAAGCCAGGUGGUCUUGGGGCUCAUCCGGGGUGGCCUUUCUCCCUGCCCACCGGCUGGGGUGGGGGUCUCCAGUGGCGCCAGACAAGGGCUGUGGUCUGCAGGCGCCACGCUCCUGCUCGUGGCCUUGGGCCUUUUUUUUGCCUCCUUUGGGAUCUGUGUCUUCCAGGGACGUGCUGCGUAGCUCGUGGAGGUGCUGGUCUCCAGGGCUGAGCCCGGCCCACCUGCCCCCCCUGGGCUGAGCCCGGCUCCUCUGCAGAGGCAGCUAGUCUUCCAGACCGGGCUCCGGAAGCCCCUCCUCGCCAUGGGAUGGGAGCUGCCUGUGGUGCUGGCCCUGUCUCUGGCCACAUGGGCCUCAGUUUCUCUGGGGGCUCUAGAGCCCUAUAACGCACAGACGUGUGGGCUGGCAAAAAGAAACUCAGUGGGGGCUGGCGGGGUAUUCAUCCUCCAGUCUGACCCAGAGUGCCCGUUGGGUGGUAGCGGGGACGUGCUGUCCGUUUCUGUCCUGUUGAUGGGCUUCUCUUGGCCCUAGAGGCCCCAUCCUUCCCGAUUGUGCCCGGUCGGCCUGCAGUGGAGAUUGUGACCGUCGACGCUCAAUACUUAGUGGCUUCCUGCCCCUCCCUGACGCACAGCUUUGUCUACCUAGGGUCUAGACGAAAGAUGUUGGUUGUAGUAGCGGUGAGUCAGAAUUGUAUCGUAAGAAUCCCUGAAGAGGGGGAGAAGCCCACGCCCUCCGCGUCCAUUUACGGUCCCCACUCUUGCACUGGCUGGGAGAUGGCCGGCCAUCUGCCAGGUUGGAGACCUGGAAAGCAGAGGGAGGAGGCAGGUUUGGAAGCUGAAAGGUGAGUUGGAGGGUGGGCACAGGUAGAAGAGAAAGUGCAGGUCUGGUUUAGGUAAUAGAAGAAGCUUCUGGAGUGAGUGAGGUCAUGCUUCCUUUCACGGUUUUUGGAUUUGGAGCACCUGUUCCUUGGGUCUAGGGGAAUGUCCCGUUCCCAUCACGCUGGCCCCGUGGGGCCACUCUGCACUCCGCCCCGUUUCCCCUUCACCUUGGUUUCUUGACAGUAGAGCCUGUGUCCACACGUGGCUGGUUUGGUGUCUUUCUGAUUCUUGUUAAUUCAGUUUUCCUGCUGUGAGAGUGUUGUGUUCUUUUCCUCCUCGACUUUUCUGACACAGCGAAUCGAGGGCUUUGGCCGAAGCCAAGUCUCCCAGACUGGUCCGCUAAGUGAACCAUGAUGUGCACCUUCCUUCCCACCCUUGCCCCACUCUUCCCUUCCCCCAGCACGGACACUCAGAUUUCAGAGGACAAGCCUGUUGGGAACAGGGCAGCUCCUGCCCUGAGUAUGACCUGGGGGAGACCUCCCCAUGACGCUGGCUGCCACUCCGGGUGGCACUGCUGUCUGUACAUGAGAAGACACAGCUGCUCAGCUGUGGUGUGUGCUCGUUUCUGCCGGAUGCCGGGUCUCCCCGGAGGCUCUGCUGCCCCUGGUCCAGGUCUGACCGUCAACAGCAGCCCCUGCGGUCCGUGCCUGAGCCCACGGCUCUGAUCGGUUGCAGCCUGCUUUGGGACAGGUGGUCAGGCCCCCUCCUAUCCCAGUUGCCUCCCUCUCCGAGGUGGUCGGUUGGCUAACGCUCCUGUCCACAGCUGGGAAGCCCAAGCCGCAGCCUGCAGCACGUUUCCGCUCGGGGAUCUUGUAAGUUACUUUUUUAGGCUGUGGUUUGGUGAAAGGAACCAACACAGUAACGAUUUUUUUUCCCCCAGAAGCCACUGAAUAAUUCUUUUUGGCGCGUUAUUGCCUUCCUGUUGGCUGUCUAGUUCUGGAGCAGGUGGGGAGAAGUGGGGGACACACGGAGGCAGGGGUAUGGCCUGUCCUGCUUCAGGCCUGUGUGUUUUGAGCGUGUGCGGCACCUUUGGGCCAGUCACGGGCAUUUGCACCCCUCGCUGGAGCAGCAGCCUUGGUGUGUGGGUGUCUGGCGGCCGGAGCUGGAGUGUAGGAGAGAGUCCCCCCAGCCCUGGAACUGCGAGGGGACAGCCCCUGCAGCAACCUUGUGUCCCAGCCCCUCCCUUCUCCCCAUCCCCUCAAUUUGCUACUCCCUGAAGCCUUUAACCAAACGGGAGUGGGUGCAGAAAGCCUUCUCCUGGCAUCUUAGGGCAACAGGACAAGGGCUGCCCCGUGUGUCUCGCUCUGGUGCUCUCCUGGCGCUGAGAGGCUGGGUCCAAGCAGAGGUGAUCAGACCCUGCCUGUCCUGCCUGGGGCUGAAACCGGGGGAAGGUGGGGGUUCCCUGGGACCUGCCAGGGUGUUGGAGAUGCAGGUGAGGAGGGGCCUCCCUGGGGCGGGCCUUGGCCCCAGGGCCCACCCUGCCCUGUGCAGUAUUUAUUGCUAAAUUAUUGUCCAGGGGGGGCGGCACUGGGCCGGACCCCGGGUAUUUAUUGCUGUACAUAGUGUAUGUUUGUGAUAUAUAAGGUUUUCUUUAUUUUGUAUAUGAUCAAUAAACACCUUUUAAAGAGA